AGCCUGGCUGUACAUAGUUGUAGCUGCCAGUUUGAUGACUAACCCAAAGCUGGAAAUUUAGGUUGAGUUCGAAACCUAUUCCUCUAGUCUUUUUCAGCCUAUCAAACACAGGUAACAUUGCCAGUUGGUUGGUUUUGAUGGUACCUGCUCACUGGUUCUUCAGUUUUAGAAUUAUAUGACUCUUGCCACUCAGUCUCAGAUAAAACAAAAUGUAGUGCGUUGUACUUCCUUACUUGUAGUUCGCUGAAGCUAAGCAGAGACUGAGCACAUUUCUCUCUCUCUCUCUCUCGAUUGCAUCAUGCUCUGACCUGAGAAAUCAUUCGUCAACCUUCAUGUUCAACACCCUCUGAAAUCUGGGAUUCAUUUUCGACUCUGAUUUCAAAGAUCGAGAUUUCGGAAUAAAUCAUAUAAAAUUUGACAAUUUUCAUGGUUUUCUUCUCGUACCUACUUCCUCUUCUAUAACUUCAUGCCCGCCUCAUAACUGAAUUCUCUGUUCAUUCACAUCUCUUUCUUUUUCACAAUCUUGCUCUGGUAAGCGAAUCCUUUCCCACUUUCUAUCUUGUGAACUUGAAUUCUGGGGAAAAGAAAAUGGUACCAGACUCUGUUGUGGUCACAGUUGAGAAGCCAAGCAACUUCUCUUUACUGAAGGUCAAUGGUUCGGAUUCAUCCUUGUUUCCGGAUAAGGAGAAGGCUGUAAGUCCCAAACAAUUUACAUGGGUUCUUCUUCUCAAAGCUCACAGAGUUCUGACAAGUCUUUCAUGGCUGGCCAUGGCUUCCAGAGCCAUCUUUGUUUCAGUCAAGAAACGCAUUGCCUUGUCCGAUUUAAGUGAGGAAGAACCCAAAAGCAGGGGAAGAUUGUACAGAUUUAUCAAAGCUUUUCUACUUAUUUCAAUUCUAGCUUUGGUGUUAGAAGUUGUUGCACAUUUUAAGAAAUGGAAUUUCCAAAUGAUACAGUCUCGGGAGGUGCAGGGUCUUGUGCAGUCGUCCUAUAUGGCGUGGCUGUCUUUUAGAGCCGACUAUAUUGCUCCUUUUGUGAUAUUCCUUUCUAAAUUAUGCGUUGUUCUAUUCUUGAUUCAGUCUCUGGAUCGACUAGUUCUAUGUCUCGGGUGUUUCUGGAUCAAGUACAAGAAGUUGAAACCCACGAUUGAGGGAGAAAUUUAUGACAUUGAGGAUUCUUCAAGUUUCCCAAUGGUCCUUGUUCAGAUCCCCAUGUGCAAUGAGAGAGAGGUGUAUGCGCAAUCAAUUGCUGCUGCCUGUGAACUAGAUUGGCCAAGGGACCGAAUUUUAAUUCAAGUCCUAGACGAUUCAGAUGAUGGAAAUCUACAGCUUCUGAUCAAAGAUGAAGUCUCCUUGUGGCACGAGAAAGGGAUCAACAUAGUCUACAGACAUCGACUAAUCAGAACAGGCUACAAAGCCGGCAAUCUAAAAUCAGCCAUGGCCUGUGACUAUGUCAAAGAUUAUGAAUUCGUUACAAUAUUUGAUGCAGAUUUCCAGCCCAAUCCUGAUUUCCUUAAACUGACAAUUCCUCACUUCAAGGGAAAUCCUGAGCUGGGUCUUGUCCAGGCUCGCUGGUCAUUCGUGAACAAGGACGAGAACUUGCUUACAAGGCUCCAAAACGUGAACCUCUGCUUCCAUUUUGAGGUGGAACAGCAGGUGAAUGGCGUUUUUCUUAAUUUCUUUGGAUUCAACGGAACGGCAGGUGUUUGGAGAAUCAAGGCUUUGGAGGAAUCAGGAGGCUGGCUGGAGAGAACCACAGUGGAGGAUAUGGACAUUGCGGUUCGAGCGCACUUGAAUGGAUGGAAAUUCAUCUUCCUUAAUGAUGUCAAAGUGCUUUGUGAAUUGCCGGAGUCUUAUGAAGCUUAUAAGAAACAGCAGCACCGCUGGCACUCUGGUCCCAUGCAGCUCUUCCGCUUGUGCCUUCCUGCCAUCUUAACUUCCAAGAUAUCGAUGUGGAAGAAAGCCAACUUGAUAUUUCUCUUCUUUCUUCUAAGGAAACUUAUACUUCCCUUCUACUCAUUCACAUUAUUCUGUAUCAUACUUCCAUUGACCAUGUUCAUACCUGAGGCAGAACUACCUAUUUGGGUUAUCUGUUAUGUCCCCAUUUUCAUGUCUCUUUUGAACAUUCUCCCAUCACCCAAAUCUUUCCCUUUCUUGGUUCCAUACCUACUGUUUGAGAACACAAUGUCUGUUACGAAAUUCAAUGCCAUGAUCUCUGGGCUGUUUCAGCUGGGAAGCGCAUAUGAGUGGGUAGUGACCAAGAAGACAGGUAGAUCAUCUGAAUCAGAUUUAUUGGCAUUUGCCGAGAGGGAAUCGAAGUCCUUUGGUGAAGAGAAGAUCCUUAGGAGGCAUUCUGAGUCUGGUUUAGAACUGUUGAGUAAACUUAAGGAGCAGGAAGUCCCUGCUGUGAAGAAGAGAAACAAGCUCUUCAGGAAGGAACUUGCGCUUGCUUUUCUUCUACUCACUGCAUCAGCCAGAAGCCUCUUAUCGGCACAUGGAGUUCAUUUUUAUUUCUUGCUGUUCCAAGGGCUGUCUUUCCUAGUCGUGGGCUUGGAUUUAAUUGGUGAGCAGCUCAGCUGAAAUGGAGUAGACAAGUUGUAUUACUGAUAAUAUUGAAGAGCCAAAAAUGGAAAUUCCCAUAUAUUUUGUUU